AUGGCGUCUGACCUGCACACAGGCGCCAAGCCCGGCGGCCCUGACGACCGCCUACAGUGGUUCGACCUGACCGUCAAGUGGGCACCUCCGCGGCGGCCCGCGCAAGCCGGCCUCGUCUUUGGCGUCCCGCUCAACGAGCUGCUCGGCCGCGAGCGGGCGACCCUGCCGCGGAUCAUCACCUCGAUCAUCGAGUGGCUGGAAGACACGCGUGGCAUCGAGACCCGUGACAUUUUCCGGGCUGAGCCUGGCUCGCAGGACGACGUCGACAGACUGAUGACCCAGUUUGACCUCGGCCGCCCGUUCGACUUUUCGACACACUGCUGGGACCCGCUGGUGGCGGCGCGGGUGCUCAAGAACUACAUCCUGGCGCUGCCGGACCCGCUGGUCCCGACUGCUCUCUCACAAGCGUUGUGGGACUGUGUCGCCGAAGCCGACCGCGGCUACUCCGACGGACUGCCUGCGCUGCUCGGCAAGUGCCUCAAGACGCUCCCGUCGAGCUACAAGACCCUACUCUGCACCCUUCUCCUCUUCCUCCACCGGGUCUCUGAAGUGGCCGACGUCAACAUCAUGCACGCCACCGACCUCGGCCAGGUUUUCGGCCCGCUGCUCAUGAUGGGCCGCGACUCGCAGACCGCGCGUGUCGCCGAGGUGCUCAUUGCCGACGCGCCUGCAGUGGUCGACGUUGUUACCGAGUCGGAGCUCCCGGCGCUGCUCGACGGCCAUCCGCGGCUCAACGACAUGCAGAUGCUGUUCCAGGAAAAGUGGUCGCGCCGGAUCCGCCGCGCGCUGCGCCGCGACGCACGCUCGCGCCGCGAGCGCAACCUCGUCCCGCGGCUCCGCACCAAGGUCGACUCGCUCACCCGCGAGCGCAACGAGCUGCGGUCGUCGCUCGACACCCUUGCACACGCCCGCCUGCACGACGUCGAGGAUCUGGAGAUGCAGGUCCACGCAGCAUCGACCAAGCUCGCGGCUGCCAACGCCCGCAUUGCACGACUCGAGAACGAGCUCGCUACCCGCGCCGCCGCGCCUGCGCCCGAGGAACCGCCGCUGUCACCAUCAGGUGGCGAGCACAGCGGUGCCGCCGGUGGCUCGGACGGUCAUUCUGUGUUUUCCGGCUCGCCGAGCACUGGUGGCGGCGGCGGUCCGUCGUCCGGGCAGGCCGUUGCAGCCCGGGCAGCCCUCCUCUCACAGCUCGAGGCGGCUCGGCUCGGACUGGCAUCGGCGCAGGCCGAGAACGAGCAGAUCCGGCGAGAGCACGCGCUGUUGACGCGGGCCAAGCUUGACCUCUCACACGCCAACGAAAAACUCAAGGCCGAGCUGCAAGAGGUCAAGAUUGCAAAGUCGACGCUCGCCCUCCAGCGCCGCCAGCUUGAGUUCCAGGUCACCAAGCUCAACCACAUCGUCAAAGAGUCUGGCGGGCAGGCCAUCUCGCUCGACAUGCUCCUCGCCGCAGCGGCCAACGGCCACGGAUCAUCGGCACCGGACUCGCCGGCCGGCGCCGCCUCGCCGCGCGGUGCGCUGGUCGGUGCCCACGACACUGCAGGCCGCCUCCGCGUCGCAUCGACCAAGGACGAAGAGCUCCGGGUCCUCCGCAUCACCCUCUCCCAGGAGCAGACUGCGCACGCCAAGGCCCGCCAGCGAAUCACCCUCCUCCAUGACGAGAUCAAGGCCAUGUCGGCCCAGAUCCUCUCGCUCCGCCGCAAGCUCGCCCGCGCCAAGCGGAGCUCACCAGCGCCGGUGCAGGCUGACCCUGCACCGUCGUCGCCACGCAACGGGCACUCUCCACUGCCCACCUCCAAGACCCAGGACGAGCUCAACAUCCGCCACUUGCAGGUCCUUCUCGACGAGGCCCGCGCCGACAACAACCGCCUUGCCAAGGUCUGCCUCGUCAACAACGACCGCAUCCGCGACCUCGUCGCCCUCAACAAGAAGCUCAAGAAAAAGUGCGCCGCCCUCAUCGCCGCCCUCCGCGAAGCCGAGGACGCCGCCGCCGCCACCGCCGCUGCAGACUCGGGCUCGGGCGACUCGCAUCCCAUCAUGUCCCGUUCCAACUCGCACCACAUGUCCCGCUCCAACUCGCGCCACCUGUCCCGUUCCAACUCGCGCGUCGUCUCGGAGGACGGCAACGGUAGUGCCGGUAGCGGAUUUCUCUCGCCCUCGGCAUCGGCCGCCGGCUCUGGUCCGUCCCACACGGUAGAUGAAUGA